AUGUAUGAGCCUUUGUCUGGGCGUUGCACUCUAUCGCUCUUUAAGAAGACCAAACCUGAGCGCCAGUGCACAUUUACACACAGCAUCAAACAGAGAGGAAUGUCAGAGUCUAUGGCAUGGAGGAGAGCCGUACUGAGGGCCCUUAUUUCUGGGACCCUUUUUCUUGUGGUGUCUGCAGGACCCCGUCCAGAACACAGAAACCCACAGAGAGAAGAAGCCGAGUGGAUUCAGCGAGUUCAGUUAAAUGAUGCUCAGAGAGUUCAGUUUCCUUCACUUCACCACACACAGCAGAUACAGAUCCCCACGCUGGAGGAUGGACAGAGAUGUUCUGCUGGUCAUUAUCUGGACAGGAGUGGUCUGUUUUCUCGCUGUGUUCCCUGCUCCUGUAACGGACACUCAAAUGAGUGCGAGGAAAACACUGGACGAUGUCUAAACUGCGCUGAUAAUACAGCAGGACAGCGCUGUGAGCUCUGUAAAGAGGGGUUUUACUGGAGUGAAGCUCAGAGAAAAUGCAGCGUGUGUUCAUGCCCUCUCAGCAAUCAAGACAACAAUUUUGCAGUGGGCUGCACUGAAACACAAGGCAGAAUCCAGUGUGUGUGUAAAACAGGACACGCAGGGGAAAGAUGUGAGCGGUGCGCAUCAGGAUAUUAUGGCGAUCCUCUGGUCUAUGGUGGGGGCUGUCAUCCGUGCAGAUGUGCUGGAAAUCUGUGUGACUCCAAGACUGGAGUGUGCAGGAACGCUCUAGAGCUCCAAGACACAAACACAGAAGAGCAGUGUGAAGAGUGUGAUAACUGCGCACAGACACUGCUGAACGAUCUGGAAAAGCUUGAAAUGGAGCUGAGAAGAAUUAAAGGUCAGACCAACUUCGACUCUCUCAGACCUUCAUCCAAAGCACAUCUGAAGGAGCUCGAGGAUGCCAUUACUGCCACAACGAAUCUGGUGAACACAUUCAGCUUCGCAGUCAACAAUCAGAUGCCUAAAAUUGUUCAGCUAGAACAAGAUGUUAUUAAUCUGGCCGAUGAUAUGGACAAUCUAAAAGAAGAGGUCAGGAAGCGAUCGGGAGACUCUCAGAAAGCUCUGGCCAAUGCUGAAAACAGCCACCAAAGAGCAAAAGACCUGGACACAGAGACACAGAACCUGCUUACAAAAAUAAGAGAGCUCCUGAAACAGCUGAUGGAUGCGAACAGCGAUGGAUCAUCUCUGCCGUCAGCGGAUUUAGCCAAACUUCUGGAGCAGUCGGAGAACAUGGUGAAGGACAUGGAAAAGAGAAGAUUCACCACACAGAAAGACGCAGCCAAGAAAGAGCAAGCAGAAGCAAACAAAUUUUUAGAGGAUGUCAAAAACAUCGUGAAGCAAUGUGAUGAGAAUGAAGAGGCGUCGAAGCGUGUUGAUGGUCUACUGAGCAACUAUGAAGCCAAGCUGAAAGAGCUGGAAGAUCUGCUCAAACAGGCUGAGAACAUGGUGAAGAAAGCCACAAAUCUGAAUGACGUCAACGCUCAAGGGCUUAAAGACAUUCUGAAACGAGUCAAUGAUUUGCAGCGUGAGAGAGACGUCGUUCGGGAUCAGAUUGUUCUCGCCACGGACCAGCUGAAAGACACGCAGGACCUGCUGAAAAUGUUCAAUGAUGGCAAAACGGAGUAUGAACAGCUUGCAGCACAACUGAACGGAGCAAAGACUGACCUCAAGAAGAAACUCCAGACCGUCUCACAAGCAACAGCCAAAGAGAAAAUCGUCCAGCAGGCGGAGGAACAUGCGGAAAACAUGUACAAACUGGCCAAAGAGCUCCAAGAUGCUGUGCAGAAUGCGAGCAGACGUUCGGGUGUUCAGGACGCUCUUUCUGGCAUCGAGGCGUAUAAAAACAUCACAGAUGCAGUCAACGCUGCAGAGGAGGCUGCGAAGAAGGCCAAAGAGGCGGCGGAUAAAGCGCUCAAUGAUGUCAGUCAAGGGGAUUUAAUCAACAGGGCGCAAGAUCUGAAAACCAAUGGCAGUAACCUGCUUAAAAAUGCCAAAAAUGCAGCUAAAGAUCUUAAAGGAGCAACCAAAGACCUGAAUGAUCAGAAGAAACGCUUGCAAGAUGCGGAGAAGAAGAGGAAAGCUUUGGAAGAGGAGCUGCUUAAAGUUCAGGAGGGUUUAAAGGGCGUUCAGAGAGACGACAUUGCUAAAAUUAUUGACGCCGCUAAAAAAACGGCGACGGCAGCCAAUCGCAGCACGAGUGAUACAAUGGACCAGCUGAAUGACAUCAAAGCAGAAGUCAACAAGAUCUCCGUCACUCCUACCGUCUCAAACAUGGACAAUGUGCUCAAUAAUGUGGACAUGACCGUGAAGAAAGUGAGCGGCUCCAUCCCGUCCCUGCUGGAUAAAAUAGACGAGCUGAAUAAUCAGAUUAAUUAUGGAAACAACAUUUCUGAUAAUAUUAAUAAGAUUAAGGAGCUGAUUGAGCAGGCUCGUGACGCUGCCAACAGAGUUGUGGUGCCGAUGAAGUUCACUGGUGAAGGGCACGUGGAGCUGCAUCCUCCGGCUGAUCUGGCAGACCUGCGGGCGUUCACCGCUCUCAGUCUGUCCCUACAGAGACCUGAAAAACCCCCGGCCCGAGGAGAUGAUCCUGUAGAACAGCAGAACCAGGACGACCUGUUCGUGAUGUACCUCGGAAAGAGAAACGCAUCUGGAGACUACAUCGGCAUGGUUCUUCGAAAGAAUGUCCUGCAUUUCAUUUAUAAGCUCAAUGGUCAGGAAUACGACAUCGAGGCCUACAACAUCACCGAGUCCUCAUCUGACCUGUCCUUCUUUGACAAAAUUGACCUUUACAGAAUUUAUCAAGACGCAGAAGUGACUUACACGAAGCAGUACACAUCCAUCAACCCAAUGCCUCCGCAGACCAGAGGAAACCUGGGAGAUCUGACCCGAAACCUGCUGAACCUCCAGCCAGACGAUGUGGUCUUCUAUGUGGGAGGAUAUCCAGAUAACUUCACUCCACCUGCUUCUCUCAACUAUGGCAAAUACAAAGGCUGCAUUGAGUUUUCCACCUUCAAUGAAAAAUUCCUCAGUCUGUACAACUUUAAGAACGCGGUCAAAAUCAACCUGGAAACUCCUUGUAAGAGGCAAAUCCCAUUUAAAAGCACAGAGUCGGAUUAUUUUGAAGGCUCUGGUUAUGCUAAAGUCCUGCUGGAGAGAUUCCCCUUCAAUCUGCAGCUCGUGCAGAAAGUGGAAACCCGAGCCAAAGAUGCUUUACUACUGUAUUUAGGAGACGAGAAUGAUGACUUCUACUACAGUGUGUCUCUUGAAGGCGGUUAUAUUGUACUACGAGGACAAGACAAGGAUCGGGUUUUGGAGCCCAUCACAAGUAACCAACAAGUAGUUCUUUCUCCGGAAAUAGACGUGAGAGUCAUUGUUGCUGAUAAAAAGGUGCUAAGGGUUAUAAUAGGGACCACCGUAGUCAAAAUGACCGACAAUCUAAGAAACUUCACUUAUUACUACAUCGGUGGGAUUCCCAACAUUUUGCGUGAGAGGUACAACAUCACUGUGCCUGCGCUGAAAGCUUGUGUGAAAAAUAUAGUGGCUGCUAAUGCUGCGGCAGAUAUUAAGGAGAAAGUUGGCAUCGGCAGAGGCUGCUCUAAUGAGCUAGUGAUGGUCAGGAAAGCUGAAUUCAGCUCAGGCAGCGCGUUGGAGAAACUGCGUGAAGACUUCAGCUUAGACGACGUCAACCUUUCACUGGGCUUCAGGAGCACAAAAUCAGACGGCAUCCUGAUGCAGAAUCAGAAAAAUAAUAACUUCAUUAAGCUCUCCCUGGAGAAAGGAUUUGUGGUCCUGAAUUUUGGAGGAACGGUCUAUAAAUCUACUAAGCAGUACCAGGAUGGAGAAUGGCAUUAUCUCACGGUGAUCAAAAAGGGUCAAAGUGUUGAGCUUCGAGUUGAUGAGGAAGAUGUCGGGCAGAGGGUGACGGGAUUUUCACCUGAACAGUAUUCCUCGAAUGUGGUCCUGGGAAAAGACACCUAUGAAGGCUGCAUCUCCAACCUCUAUCUCAGAAGGCCUGGAUCUCUUUAUCGAGCAGAAGACUUGGGUGUUUACUCCUCCGCCGGAGACGUGCGCUUGAGCACAUGCAGCAAGUAGACAACAUCAUUAUUUAGAUGAAGAGCAGCUGACACACUUUACAUGGAGAUAUUGGGAGAAAAAGCCUGUUUAGCAUAACAAGCUAACAUAAAUACUGUUAAACACACACUUACUGUAACGUCUGCUGUGCUCUGUGGUUCAUUUUCAUGAUUUAAGAUAUUAACAUUGCAUAUCUGUAAUAGUCAUUGGGCAAUGAAUUUGUAAGGGUUGACAGUUCUACACUGCUUGAAAAUACUGUAAAACCAAACACUGAAAUUAAUGAAAUAAACUUCUGUGCGGUUUAUUUAAUAACAAAGCAUUACAUGAACUUUAAAAUGAAUUGUAUUAAGAUGACCUAAAACUAAGCAGAAGAAGAUUUCUAGUUGCCAGUUUUGCGUCAGACUGUAAAAGAAAAAAAUAACAAAUAAAGUUGAAA